GCAUUGCAGUUCUGUGAAAUUGUGUUACCUCUAUUAAAACUAUUGUUUUCUUGUUUGUUUUUUAAAUCUGACAAAAAAAACAGAUGAAGUGAAUUAUCUCAAAGCAUUUCUAGGCUGUUUUAAAUGGAAAAUCGCAAAUGCUUGCUGAUACAAAACUCAUUUAUAUGAAUUUUUUCCCCAAGUCUCCAGCAUUUAUACCUGAAACCAUUGUCAGUUCACCUCUGUCCCGGCAUUUUAGCUCAAUCUGAGACAGAAGCUAUAUUAGAAUGCAUUGUCAUCUUUUAGUGUCUCUUUCUCAGCGUCGUCUGCCCUCAGCCCAUUCCGAAUGACAAUAGUGUUUAUGUAAAAUGCGCUGCCUUUGGGCCACUGGGGCACAGAACACUGCAUGCCUGGCCCAGCCACACCACCUUUUACGGCUUUUUAUUGUAUUCCCUUUGUGUCCCAUAAUCACAAGGGGAGGACGCGGCCAUCAAAAUUCUCCAAGACAAAAUUCUUCUCAAUGUGUGAAUGUAUGUGCACACACACACACAUUGGGAACAAUUAUUUUGGGGCACGGCGUGCUUAAAUACAGAGAUGAUGUUCCCUGAAGCGGUCACCGGGCGAGCACCAGGCCCGAGUCUGGCACAGCUAGGUUUCCUUGAUGUUAAUACAGACAAUAUAGAUCUUAAUAAGACAAAUCUACCUCUCCGAAACUCAGUCCUGACACCCUUUCAUUCUUAUUCCCUCCCAGCCUCCUCUCUCUCUCUCCCUCUGUUUCUUUCUUUCUUUGCUACAUUACCAGGGGGUGGUGCAUGAUUGACAGAUGGGCAGGAAUAAUAAUUUUUUUUUUUUUUUUUUUUUGCGUAACCUAAGGCCAUGCUCUGUGAUUGGCUUGCCAGCUGACAUCUCCAAACCUCACUUGUCGUUUUUUUCCCCUCUCUCUCUCUCUCUCUCUCACUCUCUCUAAUAUUGGCCCUGAUGAUCCUAAGGGGGAAAAAAGUGGGGAGAGAAAAAGAUAUGUACCUUAGGGAAGAACCUCAGUGAGAGGGAGGGAAUCAGAGGACGAGUAGGAGCGUGUGUACGAGUGUGUGAAAGAGACACUUACUCUCCUAACUACUACUGGGAGACACACACUUUCCUCACCCAACUCAAAGCAGCAGCAAACCCUGGAGAUUUUUUUUUUUUUUUUUUUUGCCUUCAUUUAAACCCCCAAAAAUUUCUAAUUAUUCUCUCAAGCAUCCAUCUUUUCCUUAAGACUUGCCUGCUGGGACUUAAUUUUCCACCCCUCUCUAGGAAUUCUAUGUACUGAUCAAUAGACAAUUUCCAUCCACACAAGACAUACCUCAUGGAUUUGUACCUGGUUGGAUAUCUCAUGUGCAUGUGGUUGUCCAGCUCUCGGGUGCUUGGAGGCUAUCCCAUCUGGUGGUCCCUGGCCCUUGGGCAGCAGUACUCAUCCAUAGGAUCACAACCCAUCCUGUGUGGCUCCAUACCUGGCUUGGUGCCAAAACAACUGCGCUUCUGCCGCAAUUACAUUGAGAUCAUGCCCAGUGUAGCGGAGGGAGUCAAACUGGGAAUCCAGGAAUGUCAGCACCAGUUCCGUGGCCGCAGGUGGAACUGCACCACUAUCAAGGACAAUCUAGCCAUAUUUGGACCAGUACUUGACAAAGCCACAAGAGAAUCUGCAUUUGUUCAUGCGAUUGCAUCAGCUGGAGUGGCGUUUGCAGUGACCCGUUCGUGCGCAGAGGGGACCUCCACAAUGUGCGGCUGUGACUCCCAUCAUAAAGGCCCGCCGGGAGAGGGAUGGAAGUGGGGUGGUUGCAGUGAAGAUGCUGAGUUUGGGGUUCUGGUGUCUCGAGAGUUUGCCGACGCUCGUGAGAACCGACCAGAUGCCCGGAGUGCCAUGAACAGGCACAACAAUGAGGCAGGACGGAUGACUAUCCUGGAAAACAUGCACCUUCGCUGUAAGUGCCAUGGACUGUCAGGCAGCUGCGAAGUGAAGACCUGCUGGUGGGCGCAGCCUGACUUCAGGCUGUUGGGGGACUACCUGAAAGACAAGUACGACAGCGCCUCCGAGAUGGUGGUGGAGAAACACAGGGAGUCCAGAGGCUGGGUGGAAACACUACGCGCCAAAUAUGCCUUCUUCAAACAUCCCACCGAGCGAGACCUGGUGUACUACGAGGGAUCUCCCAACUUCUGCGAGCCAAACCCAGAGACGGGUUCGUUUGGUACCCGCGACCGCAUCUGCAACGUGUCGUCGCAUGGCAUUGAGGGCUGCGACUUGCUGUGCUGCGGCCGUGGCCAUAACACACGGACAGAAAAGCGUAAGGAGAAAUGCCACUGCAUCUUCCACUGGUGCUGCUACGUCAGCUGCCAGGAGUGUGUGAGGGUCUACGAUGUGCACACGUGUAAAUAA